AUGUUCUCCGUCGUGGUUCCAGGCCGUCCGUGUCUUACAGACAUCGUCGCAGUAGACAGCCAACUGAAUGGCCAAGCAACCAAAUUCGCCUUCACAAUCCCAGUCACCCCAUCCCUCAGCGAAAUAGUCGUGUUCUUCCUACCAGGAACAACCCUCCCACCUAACACCGGCGCCGCAAUCUACGCCCAACUCCCAGAUCCGAACACCGGCCAACCCUCCGACUUCCGCUUUAUUGGCGCAUUGGCAAAUGAAAAGCCUUCAGGUAUCUUUACUGUGCGUCCACCGGGCAGUACAGUGCACCGCUCAGAAGCCGAGGAAGAAGACGACAUGCUCGACGAUGCCGGCGCCAACAGCGCUGGUGCAACGGGCGUCAUGACACUGGGAAUUUCAAUUGAAGAAGCGCAAAAUAUCGCACCGCAGCUUGCUGCGUUGGAAGCGGAGCGCCCCUCGGGUCCGAUGUCUAUGGCGCUGGUUCCACAGGCUGUCGGACAGAGGCAGGUUUCGACGAAGGUGCUGGCGCAGCGCAUUAUUGGCAACGCGUUUAAUUACCUCGCUAGCUUUGCAGAGAACAAUAAGGGACAGGAUUUUGUGCCGCUGAAGAGCUUCCAUAAUUGGUGGGCGAAGUUUGAGCGUCGCAUUGAGGCUGAUCCCGCGUUUCUGGAGCGUGAGGAUCCUAAUGCGAAUUAA